GCCACCUCUAGCGCAAACAACUCACACACGUGCACGUGACGAAAAUGAGUAAAAAAGCGCAUUCCGUGAAAGUUCCCACCCAAUACCGGGCGACCGCCAAGAUUCUGAAGACGGCGCUGCAGCAGAAGAAGUCCAUCAAGGCCCUGAUAUCCGAGGAGAAGCAUGCACGUGUUGGCAGUUUGCAGGCGGUGCUGAAACUCUACAGCAACAAUCGCAGCUCCAUAGAGAACGCCAUCGAGGAGUCGGGACUGCUCAAGGAUAACCCCGGUCUGGAGCCCUGUUUGGCCAAGGUUUUGGUCACCGAACUGAUCUUCGGGCGCAAGCAGCUGAACGGCGAGAGCAGACCCGUGCAGACGGUGCGAAGUUACCAGGAGAAACUACAAGCGGCAGUUGGAGACUCCGGAUUCCAGACCAAAGCACGCAAUCCUCGCUAUGUGCGCAUCAACACGAAUCUGCUCAGCUUGGCGGAGGCCUUGGAGUAUCUGGCUGGCGAGGAGUGGCGUCGCAAGGAGCUGCCGGCGGACGCAAGCUACGACGACUUCCUGGCAGCCAUAAAAGCCCUGGAGGAGGACGAGUUCAUGACGGACAUCCAUGUGGAGGGCGUGAUCGUUUUCCAUGCCAAGCAAGGGAGCUAUUGGGCCGGCCACGAGUUUGUGCGCAGCAAGAAGUUUAUUCUGCAGAACAAGGCCACCUGUUUGGCCGCCGAGCUACUUGCUCCGCCGGUGGGAGCUACUGUGCUGGACAUGUGCGCGGCGCCGGGCAUGAAGACAGUGCACUUGUGCAACGUGAUGCACAACAAGGGAGUCAUCUACUCCGUGGAGCAGUCCGUCGAUCGCUACAAAGACCUGUGCGCCAUAACCGAGCAGGCCGGCUGCGAGAUUGUUUCUCCUGUCAUGGGAGAUGUGUUGCAGAUCUCACCCGAGCGUUUUCCGGGCGUGGAGUACAUCCUGGUGGACCCCAGUUGCUCUGGCAGCGGAAUGCAGAGCCGCAUCACCGUGUGCGAUGAGCCCAAGGACGACAAACGCCUGUACCAGUUGGCUGGCUUGCAGAUCAAGAUUCUGUCGCACGCGAUGAGCGCCUUUCCGGACGUCAAGCGGAUCGCCUACUGCACCUGCUCGCUGUACAAGGAGGAGAACGAACAGGUGGUGGAGCGCUGCCUGCAGUUCAAUCCGUCCUUUAAGCUGCUCAGCUGCAAGAAGGCGCUGCGCAACAAGUGGAACAAUGUGGGCGACAAGGCGUACGCGAAGAUAGGCAAGAACUGCCUCUACUCUCUUCCGGACAGCGACCUUGCGGACGGCAUCUUCCUGGCCCUCUUCGAGAAACGCCCCGAGGGAGACGCAAGCUAGAUAGAAAAGCAAGAAAUUGAAAUGUACGCUUAGAUUGUAAACUAAACCUUUAUUUGGCACUUGGGCCAUGGAAUUUUUUUACUUCAGUUAUGUACAUCUUUAUAAAAAAAUAA